CGGCAGUCACCGGAGCGCAUUCAUCAUCGUCAUCAUCAUCAUCGUCUCCUGCUUCCGUUUAGCGUGAAUCGCCGCCGGAGAUGGAGGCGCCGUACCGUCUCGGCCUCGACGAGUCGUACCGGCCGCUGGCCUCGGUGUACCUGGCCUUCCUCGCGAUCUGGCUCGUCUCCGCUUGCUCCUGGACCUUCAACACCUACCGCAACGCCCACUUUCAGACGAGUAAUUUGCAGUGGACGCUGGCAUCUGUUCCAUUGAUCAAGGCUCUGCAACUCAUGCUCUCCUUCCUUUUCUGGUAUUCGUGCUUUUAUCUUCAGAGGUGUUCCUUGUGGAUGUCUUUUGGGGUCUAUGUAACUGGAGUACUCUUUCAGACGGCUUCUUUUAUAUCCUUCUUGCUUAUUUCUCAUGGAUACUGUAUCACCUGUGAGCGCCUAUCCGUAAAUGAGCGUCGUACAACAGCUGCACUUGGGAGUGUGUUUUAUCUGACUCUUGUUGGUUACAGAGCUUCUGUUCCUUAUUUUACGGGGCUUCUGUUGAUUAAUUAUUUUGUAUCGUUCUAUACAAUCUUUUACCACAUAUCUCAGAAUUUAUCAACACUGAGGGAGCAGUUGAACUAUAUAGAAGACGAGGAUGUUCAGGCAAUGCAUGAUGCUGUAUAUAUGAAGUAUAUCAUGUUCAAAAAAUUUCAAGGUGCAAUGCAAAUUGUGGCCAUGGCUGAAAUAGUGAUAUAUAUAAACAUUGAUGACUCAUCAAACAAUUACUGGCUUCGGCUGUUAGUUCGAGAAUGGGCAAUAUUCUGCAUAUUUUUGUACAUCGGGUGGACUUUCAGAUCGCAAGACCUGGCACCACGCUUCACGGUCAUGCCGACUGUAAAAUCUAAAGGCAGCACGGUUAUUCCUCCUAUAUACAGUAUUGAAAUGGAUGCAGCUACUUUUAAAGAUUUCAGUCGUCACAAGUGGCACAUUGGAAUACCAACUUCCCCUUACGGCGACAAGAGCUGUAGGGAUUCAAUUCUCGUCGUGAUUCAGCAUCCGCACCCGCACAUGCUUAUAAAUCCCGACAAGCCUUUGCAUGCUCAGGCAAUUUAGUGACUUCAAGUGACGAAGUCCUGGAGAGUAUAUGUGUGUGGUUAGGAGCUCACGGGAAGAGAUCGAGAGUUCUGCACAAUUGCCAGAGUUCAAGCAGUAGGGGGUUUAUAUGGCGAUGACUAUAGAAUACUUCUCAGCCGAAUUUUUUUCAUUUCCCUCCAUAGAAGAAGAGCAGAGGACGGGGCCAAGAAACGGCGCGUCGUUUUGGACGAUUACGCCGUCAUCCCCUGAUGUACCUAAAUACAGCCCCCAAUCAUGGAAACUGUAUAUUCUUCUUUCUUUCUUUCUGAUUUACGUGAUUAGAGAGUAACGUAUGUAGAGGAUAGAGCAGCCUUAUCUCUCAUCAUUUCUUCUUACC